AGCGCGGAGCGGUGCGGGGAGCGGCGCGGGGAGCGGAGCCUGCACCGGGACCGGCCCCGGCACCCACCGCCGGCCCCGGCCCGCCUCCUCCCGUCUGCACCGGAGCCUGAAGCCCGAGCCCGCCGCGCCCCGGCCGGCCACGCACCUGCCGCAGCCCAACCGGGACCCCGCUUCCCGGGCCGGCGUCGAUGCUGAGCGGGCUGGGGGCACUGCCUGCCUCCCCCGCGCCAUGGAUGGCUUCUACGACCAGCAGGUUCCCUUCAUGGGCCCCGGGAAGUCCUGUGCAGAGGAGGGCCGAGGCCGGCCGGGGGCUGAUAGAAAAAGGAAAUUUUUGGAGACUGAUCUGGCCCACGACUCAGAAGAGCUCUUCCAGGAUCUUAGCCAGCUCCAAGAGGCCUGGCUAGCUGAAGCUCAGGUCCCCGACGAUGAACAAUUUGUCCCAGAUUUCCAGUCUGACAACUUGGUCCUGCAUGCCCCACCUCCAGCAAAAAUCAAGCGGGAGCUGCACAGCCCUUCCUCGGAGCUGUCAUCCUGCAGCCACGAGCAGGCUCUCUGUGCCAGCUACGGGGACAAGUGCCUCUACAACUGCUGUGCCUAUGACAGGAAGCCCCCCGCUGGGUUCAAGCCAUUAACACCACCUGCCACGCCGGUGUCCCCUGCCCAGCAGGGCUCAGCUCUGCCGCUGCCACCUCCAGCAGCCACCCAUGGGGCAGCCCCAGCCCCACACCCACUGCAGGAGCAGAGGCUGCAGGAGCAGAGGCUGCAGGAGCAGAGGCUGCAGGAGCAGAGGCAGCAGACCUUCGCCGUGCCGCGGCCACCUCACCCGCCCGUGCACAUGCCAAAGAUGAUGUCUGAAAACCAGUACCCUGCAGAGCACAGGUUUCAGAGGCAGCUGUCAGAGCCCUGCCACCCCUUCCCGCCGCAGCCCGGGGUGCCAGGGGACAGUCGCCCCGUCUACCACCGGCAGCUGUCGGAGCCCCUGGGCCCCGCAGCCCCCCGGCCCCCUCAGGGAUUCAAGCAGGAGUACCACGACCCUCUCUACGAGCACGGAGACCCUGGCCUGCCUGGUCCACCUGGCCAUGGCUUCCAGCCCCCCAUGGGCAUCAAGCAGGAGCCCCGGGACUACUGCAUCGACUCGGAAGUGCCUAACUGCCAGUCCUCAUACCUGCGGGGGAACGUCUUCCCCAGCAGCCAUGAUGGAUUUUCAUAUGAAAAGGACACACGAUUGUAUUUUGAUGACACCUGCGUGGUACCAGAGCGGCUGGAGGGUAAAGUGAAGCAGGAGCCCACCCUGUACCGCGAGGGCCCUCCCUAUCAGCGCCGCGGGUCCCUGCAGCUCUGGCAGUUCCUGGUCACCCUCCUGGACGACCCUGCCAAUGCCCACUUCAUCGCCUGGACCGGCCGGGGCAUGGAGUUCAAACUGAUUGAGCCCGAGGAGGUAGCGCGGCGCUGGGGCAUCCAGAAGAACCGGCCAGCCAUGAACUAUGACAAGCUCAGCCGCUCCCUGCGCUACUACUACGAGAAGGGCAUCAUGCAGAAGGUGGCCGGCGAGCGGUACGUCUACAAGUUCGUCUGCGAUCCCGACGCCCUCUUCUCCAUGGCCUACCCUGACAACCAGCGGCCCUUCCUGAAGACAGAGCCCGACUGCCCGGUGCCCGAGGAGGAGACAGUGCCCCUGACACACUUCGAGGACAGCCCUGCCUACCUCCUGGAGAUGGAUCCCUGUGGCAGCCUUCCCUACGCCGAGGGCUUCGCCUACUGACCCGGCCGGCCCGCAGAGCCACCAGCACUCGCGCAGCCGCUUGGGGCACAGACGGUUUUGUAAAGCAUAUCUUCUUGGGUGAGGAGACAAAAAAAAAAAAAAACACACCACAAACGACAACAAAAAAACCACACACACAAAUUGGAGUAAUUCUAAAACACUCGGUGUGUGUCACCAUGGAAUUCCCACCCUUACUGUCCAAGGGCUAGUGCACAGGACUGCCCGUGGCCGGCGCCUCCUGCCAGGCUUUGGUGGGAUGGGUUUUGGGGUCUUUUUUUGGGCCAAUGGGAGCUCAAAGACACAGUGUCUGCCCCUUUUUUCCCCCCCCCUGCCCCCCCCCCAGGCCCCCCGUUCCUCGCCAGCAAGCCUAGGGGUGGGGCUGACACCUCCAGGACUGGGCUGAGCUGGCGUGGCCACCUGGCAAAUUGUCACGACAAUCUGCUUUGCAUCCAGCACGACCCACGUAGCUGCCUUGUCUGGUGGAAAGGGCUUUGAUUUGCACAGAGGAGGGAUGUGGGGGGGGCAGGAGGGGGGGGCUGCCUGGGCCAGCACCCCCUCUGGAGGCUGACGUGUGCUGCAUCCUACCCCCCAACCCUCCAGGAGCCUUCUGCCUUCUUCCCAAACUUACCCCUUCCUUGCCCCAGCCUUGUGAUAGAACCUGAUACAACAGUUUCCCAGCCUCCCUUCCCACCAUCCCCAGGUCCUUUCUGUGCCCCUCACUCCUCCUCCCCAGCUCUGGCUGUGGACCUUGGGUUGCAUUUUGGGGGGAGGAGACCCUGACACUAUCUCCCUCCCUCCCUUUUUUUUUUUUGUUGGUUUUAGGGAAGAAAAAAAAAAAAAAGGAGAAAAAAAAAAAGCUUUCUAAACUAAUUUUUGUAGAUUUUUUUGUAUUUUAAGGCAAAGCUAUUUUUUGCAGCCCGGCUGCUGUUGCUGGGGACCCCCCACACACACACACCCCCUUCCCUUGGCUUUCCCAGGGACCUGCUUGCAGGGGGAGCCCCUGGUGCCCGUGGCUUGCCAGGACACCUGCUGAAGUAUCUGGUCCACUCCAUUUCACCACUCAGAUCCUCUUCCCUGGGGGAGCCAGGGCAGAACCACAGGGCUGGCUCAGCUGCUUUCCCUCCCCUCCCCUGCUCAGCAUGGCCUCAGAGCUGGGCUGUAAAGCCACCGUGGGCAGGGACAGGGGGGUCCCCUUGCCCCCCUUCCCUCCAGCUCCCCCCUCCCUGCUGCACCUCCUGACACUCCUUCACCACUCAUAUAUUCACACCUGCCUACCCACCCCCACCAGCUACAUGUUUUUGUUGUAAAUGCUGUAUAGGAAUUUUUUUUUUCUCUUCGUUAGCUUUGGUUGGAUUUUUUUUUUUUUUUUGACUGAUUCAUUUAUUUUUUUGGGGAAGUAUGAAGAUUAACUCUGGGUAGACUGGGUUGCUCUCCUUGCAAGGGCCUGCCCUGGGCCAGGGGAGGGGUGUUUGGUUGCAGAAACCCCCCCAAGCUUAGGGACAAGGUUUUUCAGGGGGUCUGCAGUGCAGAAGGGGUUAAUCUGAGAACUGAUUUGAAAUCUUUACUGGAGCAGGGCUGUGUAUCUCCUGCAAAGCUGCAUUACAUUCUGUACUGUGUACAAUAAAGGAUCUUGCUUUCUGUUCA